AUGUUUCAGAAAGCUUGUGGGAAUGGAGUGAGACGACGGUACCGAUCUGAUGCUUCUAAGGCUGUUACAGACGUCAAACAGGAGCUACAGCAAGCUCUGAAUCUUUCGCAACGAAUUAGCCGGUCCAGCGGUGAUUUGGAGCUCCCAGAGACGUUGGAGACUGGUAAGACUGCUAACAACUUGACCAGCAUGCAAAUUCAUCCUUCAAAGUCAUUCCAAAUCCCCAAAUAUACCAAAGAGCUCGAUAAAAUGCUCACGCGCGAACAAAAAAUGGGCCAAUCGAAUAAAACUGCAAAACCGCAUACAAAGAGCGUACCUCGUCGGGCUUUAAGGUCUGAAUUCCGUAUCAGGCCCUCCAAAAUCAGCAUGAAACCGCUCGAAGACGUAGAUACCAAACCACCGCGUCUUUGUCACGAGCUGGAAAGAGUACUUUUCCAGCCCAUGAACUUCCAUACGCUUCAAGACGGCCGCUCUGGAUCCUACAACUUCAGUAAAUGGCUUGAAGACAUUAUAAGGGUUGACGAUUUCGAUUUCGAAGCUAUUUCCACCUUUGUCGCUGCGUCCAGAGACGAAAAGAUGCUCAAGCUCACGGAACUUCACCAGCAACGAUACUACUCGUCCACCAGCUCCAUGACAGGCAUUCUGUCACAUUUGCAUUUCCUGUUGUCUAAUUUCCGGAAAACCAACAUGUCGUUACUCUCCAAAAAUUUUAGUGAGCGGGCGGCUACUUUCAGCUGGGGCGCCCAGCUUCCUGCUGUAGUGAUCAUGAAAAGAAUGGACCCCAAAAAAACGAUCUUCUCCAUAGAUUCCGAUAAAUCGUCAGAUCGGGAAUUGGUACUCUCACUUUUAGGCCACGCACUGGAAGCGGUUCUCACAACUGAAGAGCAGCAAUUCAGACAGACCUUCGAUAAAACCACAGACGGAUAUCAAGCUAGUAUUAGCAAACCCGUAGGCGCCUACCACUAUUCGAAGAUUGCAGACUUUGUGCUGCGAUCGCAGCUCGAUGCGUAUCAUCCUAAUCUUCCUGGAACCGGGGUUUUUGACCUCAAGACCCGGGCCGUUGCAGCGGUAAGGCACGACAUUGCCUACGUCGAAGAAAAUAACAAUUACACGGGGUACCAAAUUCAACAAACAUUAGGCAAAUUUGAGUCUUUUGAAAGGGAGCUAUUCGAGUUAAUACGAAGCACCAUGCUGAAGUACUCCUUGCAAGCACGUAUUGGCCGUAUGGAUGGUAUCUUUAUAGCCUACCAUAACAUUUCCAAGAUGUUUGGCUUUCAGUAUAUGCCAUUGGAAGAUAUGGACUAUAUUUUGCAUAGUUACGCAUGUCCACAAUUCCAUGAAGUACUGGGCGAACGUAACGAGUCUUUGAAAGCCAUUUUCGGCGAGGAGGCAUAUAUUUUACGGCACGACUACGCAAGUUUGGACCGUGCCAUCGCAUCUAACGUUGCUGAUGCAGAAUUCAAAAGCUCCAUUGAAUUUUUAGACAAACUACUGAAACUGGUAGAAGGCGCUUUACCAGAGAAUUUUCAUGCAUGUCGUUUGGUAUUCAAAACAGAGACCAAAAGGUUAACCGAUGAGAACGGUGAAUCAUACAAGGCUCCGGUACUUUAUGUACUGGUAGCGCCUCUAACGAAAAAUCAAACUGAUCAGUUUCAAAAAGCCGACCUGAAGAAGGAGCUACAAGACACGGAGCACAUUGAUGACUACCUCAAAAGAACAGAACAGCUUAACAGUGAAACUGCUAAAAAUGUAAUCGGAUUCGAGGUUACUGUCAACCAUGAAGCACAGCAUCAUCCAGCGACCAUCAAACAGCCGCGUAUCGCAAGCAACAAAUCGAGCGUUUUAACGGAACAGGAAAAGCAGUUUGUAAGGAAAAGAGCAAAUCAAAAUUUUUAUGAGGAAUCAGCGGAGUGGAAGCACAUGCAAUUUUUCCAUCCACUAGAUGUAAUGACCUGGUCUUCUGCUUUUAAUAUCCGACAGAUUACGAAUCAAGAGAAAUUGAGUAAACGGUACAUGUUAUAUCUCAGCGACAAACUAGCGGCUUUAAAGGGUCAAACGGUCUCUAAAAAGUCGGCAAACGCAACGCCAGAGGAGAUCUCUGACCGCAUCAAAAAAUUCAUGAGUGGGGCUAAAAAUGACUCGAAAGCUAGUGGAAAAACGAGUGAAGAAAAUGAGAUAUCGCAGCUACAGGCUCUUUUAAGAGCGUACGCUAAAAAGGGAGAAUUAAGAGCUCGCAAUCAAGUAUGA